UAUAAAAAAUUUUUAAAAAGGAUGGAAGGUGAUUCUGGAAAUGAUGAUUUAUCUGGAAGUAGUGGAGGACUUGGUGGAUCAAGGGAUUCGGAUACCAGGGAGCAGGAUAAAUAUCUUCCAAUAGCAAAUAUUAUAAGGAUUAUGAAGAAGUCAUUACCAAAUAAUGCAAAGGUUGCAAAGGAUGCCAAGGAUACAGUACAAGACUGUGUCAGUGAAUUUAUAAGCUUUAUAACAAGUGAAGCCAGUGAAAUAUGUCAACAGGAGAAGAGAAAGACGAUCAAUGGUGAAGAUGUUAUUGCUGCCAUGACCACACUUGGUUUCGAACGCUACAUUGAACCAUUGAAGUUGUACCUCACAAGAUAUAGAGAGAAUGAAAAGAAGGAGGCUAUGAACGCCAAGAAAUCACCAAGUAAGAAGAAAGAAAGCAUUGAUAUGACUUCGCCACCAACAUCACCUCGAGGUCUAGAGUCCUCCUCUUCAUCUUCCAACCCAAUCCAACUACAACAACAACAGCAACAAGAUCAAUUACAACCAAUAUACUCUUUCCAGGAUGCUGGAACUGGUGUUCCAUUCCCAUCCUCAUCAUCAACUACUACUACCACAACUACCACAACAACUACUACAACAUCUCCAUCUUCAAUGUCUAGUCUAUCGUCUGAUAACAUUGGUGGUAAUAUAUAUUUACAUCAACAACAACAAGUCAAUGAAACAACAUUUGAUCCAAACUCAUUCGAAAGCUACGGUCGAGCUGAUCAACAACAACAAGGC